GCAACUCCAACAGAAAGACUCGCUUACCUUUUAAGUCUAAAUUGAAAAAAAACAAACUUUGGCAGAAGAUGACGCUUCAGUGGGCAUUGCUAUUUCUUCUUUCAACAGGAUAUGCAUCAGCAUAUUCAACUAGCUAUUGUACGGAUAAUUCGUUGUACACUCAAUGUAUCAAUUCCUUAUACGACGACUUUAAAGCAGGAGCAACUAUCUGUUCAGCUGUGAACACCUAUGCAUAUUGUGUAGCAGAUUCCUGCAACUUAGGUACCAAUUGGGCUCAGACCUUUUACAAUUCUUUUAAAAGCGUUAUACAGGACAGUGGAUAUAACUGCAAUACCAGAUGGAUUGACAUAUCAGGAGACCAGCAAAAAAGCUCCUUGUUUGCAAGUUUUGGGGUGACCCCAGGAAACAAUGUCAACGGUCUGAGAUCACAAUCUUUUGUCACAAUCGCCCUUGUGUCUCUAGGGACUCUUGCCCUAAAACUAAUGAAAUAAAGUUACAUUUAAAUUAAAAUAUUGACUUUACCAUAAAUUUACGUUAUGAGAGAUAUAUUAGAGAUAUAUGUUACAUAUUUCGAGAGAUGAAGGUUUGUUAUAAUUUAUGUAAAGAAAGCUACAUUUAUAUUAAGUUAUAAUAAUAAUAAUAAUAAUAUUGACUAUCCAUACUAUAACAUUGAUCUACAUUUUAAAAGAGAAUCGAUUUAUACUUAUACUGUGUUGAAUAUAUGUAUAUGUUGAUGUAAAAAAAAAGCAGCGUGUAUAUUAUGUCUCUGUUAUAUGGUGUAUACUUUCGAUGUUUUAUUAACUGACGUGUAAAUAAAGAUAUUUGUCUA